AUGGAAUAUGCUCGUAACGCUGCCACAGGCGACACUCGCGAUAUGCCCGUUGCACAGCCAGAUAUGUCGCAAGAGCUGCGGCCUCAACGCCUGGUCCAGCGCGAUUCGAAUGAUGACCUGACGCUGAGCACCAAUCGCGUCGUGAAGAACCAAAUUGUUUUCCGGGUCAGGGAUGCCCGUCGGCCUGCACCUAGGACCCGAAAACCCGUUGCCGUGGAGCAGGACGGGGCUUCUGCCGAGCAGGCAUUCCACUCCCGGCGGCCGCAUCGCAAAUCGCGGACGGGGUGCGGGAACUGCAAAAAGAGACGAGUCAAGUGUGACGAGAAGAAACCUCACUGCAAUAAGUGCGAGUCCUACGGCAUCUCGUGCGAUUAUGCGGCGGUCCAGCUGCACGGGCGGCGGCCUCACCACCUGCCGGAAGGCCGCCGUACAUCGACGGCCAGCCCAACGGCGAUGAUAUUCUCCAUGUCCGUCACCGACAUGGCCAGCCGCAUCCAACGGGUGCUUCAGUCAAGCCCGAGCUACAACUCGGAAGCCGACCCGCUGCCGCCGUUCACGAUUUCAGGCGGGCCGAUGGCCUUGUACCAUUUUGUGCACGCGGUGCAACACGUCGCUUCUAUGUCCGACACGUCGAGAAGCGUGUCCACCGGGGACAUGCUCCGGCUCGCAUUUCGGACGCCGCAUCUCAUGCAUGCCGUGCUUGGUCUGGCGUGUACGUCUCUGUAUCAGUACGGCGUGGCGAGUCGGCCGCAGCGACUGGCGGAAGCGUACCACUGGCAGAACGCCAUCAAGCUGUACAAGCACGAGCUGCAAAACCCCAUCAGCAUCCACAAUAUGGAUGCGCUCAUGUCGACGUGCAUGCUGAUGGGAGUGCUGUCCUUUUCGGAAAAGGAGUACAGCCCUCUGAACUCGUGGGUGUUCUCGUCGCGGCCCACGGACCUGAACUGGCUGCUGGUGCAGGGCGGGCUGCGGUACCUGAUCGAAUCGGUGAUUCCAUGGCUACCACAGAGCAUAUGGUGGGACUUCUUCCUGGAAGCCGACGACGAGCACAAGACGUUCGACGACCACCGGGCCGGGUUCGUGGGGCUGCCGCUGGACCUGGCACGGCUGUGCGGCAUCGAGGCGACGACAACGGAGGAGACCAACCCAUACCACUCGGUGCUGCGACUGCUAGCGCCGCUACUGCCGCUGCCGCUGGCGCGCGAACACUUCUGCAAGUUCACGUCGUUCAUGGGGCGGCUACAGCCGGACUACAUCACGCUGCUGCAGCGCAAGGACGCGCGCGCGUGCCUGAUCCUGUCGUACUGGAUGGGCAAGAUGUGCGAGCAGCCGCACUGGUGGAUCGGCCCGCGCGUGCACGCCGAGUGCACGGCGCUGUGCAUGUUUCUGGAGCGCUGCCCGGACCCUGAGGUGCGGCGCCUGCUGGCCUUCCCGGCCUCCAAGUGUGGCUAUCCGCUGGGCCGCACGCAGCACGCGCUGAUGCUGCACGAGCUGGAGUUUGGCGCGCUGGAGCCCGCGCCCGAGCCGGUGGUGGUGGUGGAGCGGGAGGAGGCUGGGCAGCUGGUGGAGCUGGAGUGA